UCUAACCUAUAAAAUUGAACUGUAAACAAACAUCAAAAAUGAUACUUUUAACAUUAAAGUCAAAACACCUCGUUUCUUGAAAAUCCAACAAAUUUUUUAAAUUAUAAAUCAAAAUUAUUAAAAAAAAACGUGAUAAGAAAAUUUAUAGGUUAAAAUGUGGUUAUUGCAAAGGUUCACUGCUUUAUUACGUGUCAAUUACAACGCCCGACGACUAUAUACGUACAUUUACGCGAUGGAUAAAGCGUAUUUAAGACAUUCCGUUGAUAAAACACAGUUUGAUAUUUCGUUUCAUUAUUAUAAUGCAGAAUUAAGAGUGGACAGGCAGUUUAAUUUUACCAGAAACUUAAACGAACCAAUUAGUGCAUUUCUAACACGAGUUAUAGGAAAUUUCGAUAAAAUUGUAAAUAAAAAGAAAAAGAAGAAAAAAGGGCUAGAACCAGAAGAAACUCCUGAAGUACCCAACAAAAUUGAAGCAGUUUUAAUAGAAAAUAAUAAAAUUAUUGAUCAAACAACAAUUUGUGAUCAAGUUUUUCAAGGUGGACGUAACAUAACCUUAAAAUUAAAUGAGAAAUUGUAUAAAGUUAUAAUCAAUUCACCGUAUAUUAAUGGGUUGGGAUUACCGAGCUCUAUGUUAGCUAAUUUUCCUGUUUAUCCAAAUAAAUUUGAUGCUGUUAAUACAAAUAAAGAGCUGUGUGAGUACACUUGGAGUGUUUCGAGAGAUAAAGAAAGUUGGAGAGAGGUUGGAACGGGGUUUAUGUACACACCUACAAAUAAUGAUAUUAAUUCUUUUUUAAAACUUACAUGUUUACCUAAAAAUGAACAUGAUGAAGGACCUAUAGCACAAGUUAUAGCUGAUGUACCUGUUGAUGCAAGCCCGGGUAAUUGUCCUUUUGAGUAUAGACAUGUUUUUACAGAGAAUAAAUGUAAAAAUGAUGAAUUCCGAAUUGUUACUUAUAACAUCUUAGCGGAUCUUUAUUGUGACUCUGUAUUUACAAGAACAGUUUUACAUCCUUAUUGCCCACCAUACGCUUUAAACAUCGACUACAGAAAACAAUUGAUAAUAAAAGAAUUAUUGGGUUAUAACAGUGAUAUAAUUUGUUUACAAGAAGUGGAUAAGAAGGUUUAUAAUUACGAUUUAACAUCACUUUUCUCAAUGUUAAAUUAUGGAUCGGUGUUUUCUUUGAAAGGAAAUUCAGUAGCGGAAGGUUUGGCUUGUUUUUACGAUAAAUCACGUUUUGAAUUUUUAGAAUCGAGCUCGAUAAUUUUGGCCGAACAGCUUGAAAAAUUACAAAUAUUUUUUAAUAUCGCUGAAAAAGUGGCUCAAAAUGAACGAUUAUUGAAGAGAAUUUUACAAAGAACCACUGCACUACAAAUUGUUGUUUUAAAAAGUAUUGAAACUGGAAAUAUUGUGUUGAUUGGGAAUACACAUUUGUAUUUUCAUCCAGAUUCGGAUCAUAUAAGAUUGAUUCAAGGUGCUUUAUGUAUUCAAUACAUACAAUUUAUGUAUGCUAAAUUAAAAGAAAGGUUUGGGGAAGAAUUAAUAAACAUAGUUUUUUGUGGCGAUUUUAAUAGCAUUCCACAAUGUGGAAUAUAUCAACUAUACACAACAGGAUUCGUUCCUGAAAAUUUUAUUGAUUUUAAAAGCAAUGAAGACGAAGCAAUAACAGGAUUAGAUUUAAAACAACCGUUUUCUUUGGCAAGCGCUUGCGGAACUCCAGCAUACACAAAUUUCACAAAAGAUUUUCAAGAUUGCUUGGAUUACAUUUACUAUGAUACGAGGAAAUUGAGCGUUGUAAAAAGUAUCCCACUCCCCACCAAAGAAGAAUUGACACAAAACGUUGCUCUACCAAGCAUUGUAUUUCCAUCGGACCAUUUACCAUUAAUAGCUGAUGUAAAAUUUAUAAACGUUUUGCGAUAAAAAAAUAAAUUAAUUAAACAAAA